AUUUCGUGAUCCCCAUUUUCUUUCCGUUUGAUUCAAACUCGAAUAUACAUCAAAUGUACAGAUCCGACAGCGUAAACGACGAUUCAGAUCGAACUGCCUUUCGUAAAACCGAGAAAAAGUACAAGCUAUAUUACGACCCGAAUACCAAAUCUUCAAAACGGAAGAAGCAACCAAGGCCAGUUGAUUUAUCGGAGGUUAUCGAUUUCAAGUCUAUUACGGAGUCCUUUGCUACAAAUGGCGAUCUUCCGGUUGGAGUUUCGAGGCUUGAGUGUCACUUCGAUAGACCUGUUUUCUGCUUGGACGAUUGCCCUGGUUUCUAUUUCAUCCCUGCUGCAUUGAGUAUUGAGGAACAAUGCAGAUGGAUUAAGGAGAGCUUAGUGAGUUUCCCUCAGCCUCCUAACAGAACAAAUCAUAAUGCUUUUUAUGGAGCCAUACCUGAUUUGUUCAAUGCCGCAGAAGAUAGACGAUUGUUAGUUGAAGAGGAGAAGAUAGCUGGUGAAGAUAAUUCCACUGACGUCGAUGUUAAUGUUAGUAGUCAUCGGUGGGCUUCUUCUGAAGAACUUGCUUCAUCAUUAAGUGGAAAUACUUGUAAAUCAAUAUCAGCAUCUGUCUUGCUACGGAAGUUGAGAUGGAGUACCCUCGGUCUGCAAUUUGACUGGUCGAAGAGGAGCUAUAAUGUUUCCCUCCCUCACAACAAGAUCCCAGAUGCACUUUGUCUACUGGCUAAGAAAAUGGCUGGUCCUGCGAUGUCAGUUGGAGAAGAAUUUCAACCAGAAGCUGCAAUAGUUAAUUACUUUGGUUCAGGUGAUAUGCUGGGUGGUCACCUUGAUGACAUGGAGGCAGAUUGGAGUAAACCUAUUGUAAGCAUGAGUUUGGGAUGCAAAGCUAUUUUCCUUCUUGGAGGGAAGUCCAGAAAUGAUGAACCGUUAGCUAUGUUCCUUCGUAGUGGCGAUAUUGUACUGAUGUCUGGAGAAGCGAGGGAGCGUUUUCAUGGUGUGCCUCGGAUUUUCACUGACACAGAAAAUGCAGAAAUCGGGCCUUUGGAAAAACAGUUCUCAGGUGAAGACGAUAUUUGUUACCUGGAAUACAUUAAAACCUCAAGAAUUAACAUCAAUAUCAGACAGGUUUUCUAAAUAAUUGAUUAUUUUUACCCGAAAAUUGAUUAAACAAGGUUAAUAUUUUCAUUUUCUCCAGCAAGAAAAAAUGAACGAUAAAUUCUAGUUUAUGAAAUUCUUCUAUAGUUUCUAGUGAAAAUUACGAAACUUUUAUGAUGUCUGAGAAAAACUGUAAUGUACUUUGGUUUGAAAAUGACGUAUCGUCACAAAAAUUAUAUCUUAAUAACUUCAUUCACAA